GGACACCUUUGUGACAAUCAGGUUGUCAGGGAGUGCGUGGUCGCGCUUGAAACCCAACAACUACGGCGGAGCGAUACAACGUCUGAGACGCAGGGCAGGAGCAGGCGCGAGCACUAGUGGCUAUCUACGGAGAUUGAUCAAUCAAACAAUUCCUUUUCCAGACAAGCUACCCAAGGAAACAGAGUAAUUACACAAUGGCAGAUCAGUUGACAGAAGAGCAGAUUGCUGAGUUCAAGGAGGCGUUCUCCCUGUUUGAUAAGGACGGCGAUGGCACCAUCACCACCAAAGAGCUGGGCACGGUCAUGCGCUCGCUGGGACAGAACCCCACUGAGGCGGAGCUGCAGGACAUGAUCAACGAGGUGGACGCUGACGGGAACGGCACCAUUGACUUCCCAGAGUUCCUCACCAUGAUGGCGAGGAAGAUGAAGGACACAGACAGUGAGGAAGAGAUCAGGGAAGCCUUCCGCGUGUUUGACAAGGAUGGCAACGGCUACAUCAGCGCCGCUGAACUUCGUCAUGUCAUGACCAACCUGGGGGAGAAGCUUACGGACGAGGAGGUGGACGAGAUGAUCCGGGAGGCAGACAUCGACGGCGACGGACAGGUCAACUACGAAGAGUUUGUCCAGAUGAUGACUGCAAAGUAGAUGGGGGAGCAGAGGGGCGACCAAACGGUGGACCAGACCUCCACUGCCUCCAUCCCUCUCCACCUCAAGCGUCCUCCAGUCUCUCUCUCUCUCUCUCUCUCUCUCUCUCUCUCUCUCUCUCUCUCUCUCUCUCUCUCUCUCUCUCUCUCUCUCUCUCUCUCUCUCUCUCUCUCUCUCUCCCUCCACACACCUUCACUUGGGAGUGCCACGCCGCUCUGUUUACCUGCUUAGCAUUCGGUUGUUCUCAUGUCCUUAAUCCUCCGGCCCCUCCCCCCUCACUGCCCCGCCUCUCUUACCCCAGAACCCGCUUCUCUUACCCCAGUGCCAGUGGUCUCUCUCAGGCAGCUUCUGACCCAGACUGGGCCUCGAUGCCAGUGUGGGUCUCUGGGACUGGUCCCAAAGUUGGCCUGGUGUGUUCUGGGUGACUUCAGCACAUACUUUAAUUCAUUUUAGCCCAAUUACUUUCAAUCAUUGUUUUUUUUUUUUUUUUUUUUUUUUUUUUUUUUUUUUUAAAUCAGUUUGAAACAUUUCCCACAAAGCAGAUAUUAGAUGUGCAAUGAUGAUCAAACCUGAAAUAUUUAUAUCUGAAUCUAUACACGUAUAUAUAGUGGAGGUGUUAAGCUAACAAUAUUUUUCAAGUGUGACCUACACGGACAAGAGCAGUGCAUGCUUUCUUUAUUUUCUCCUUUUUUUCUUUGAGCAUGUUUCUGUGCUUCUGCCUGCCUGCCUGUAAUUUUCUCCCCCUCUCUCCCUCUC